GUUGGCUCUGGAUUUUCUAGCAUUUUGCGUCUGGUAUUCUAUUCAACAACACCAGUCACAUUAAGCUUAUAUUUCGUAUAAAACCGAGUCAUAUUUUUCUGUUAAAAACCGAUAAAAUUCCGGUGGACAUACUGGACGAAGAUGUCCAAUCUGCAAGAUAUUCCGCUUGGCGACCAAGGUCUGCCUGUGGAUGGCCCCGAGGUGGCCCCCACGCCAAAAUCAAAUUCCUUGAAGCGCUUCUUCAAGAUCAGCAAGAAGCCGCUGAUGCGUGACCAAGUGGAGGAUGACGACGACUCAUCCUCCCAGGACAACAAGGAGCUGGGAAAGUCCAACACGAUAAGUCGCUUCUUCACUCGAUUGAAGGGAGCCAACAAGGAUGGUCAAGAAGCUUCGGGCUCGGCAGUCGAUCCCGUCGAGCAUGAGAAGCCGCUGCCGAACGCCAAACCCACGAUUAAGACAUCUAUUUCGUCCUACUGGAAGCUACUGUUCAACCGCCAGAAGAGCCAGCGCCAAACCGCGGUCUUCGGACAGUCCAAUAACAGUAAUGUGGAGAACGAGUCUGAAGAGAUCCACGAGCUCCAACCGGUAAACCAGGAUCCCGAUGCCGAUUCUCAGCCGACUGCCAGAGAUGAGCAGGAGGAAUUGGAAGACGGCGUGGAUGCGGAGCCAGCCAAUCCGAAGCUCAGAAAAAUUGUUGCCAGCAAGGCAUCCGACCAGCAGAUUCUCAGUGCCUUAGAGGGCGGCCAGCUAUCCACCACCCAGCACGAAGAUGAUGCGGGUUCCAUGUAGCCGUCUUCUCCAU